ACAGGGAGUCUGAGCUGCUAAAUGCUCAAGCCUCAAAGGGACGAUGGUGGAGGGCUGGUAAAGAUGGCGGCGCUCUCCGAGGAUGGGAGAUACGGAUUAAAUUGUGGCCCAGAGAGCGCAGACAGAGUCACUGUAUUGCACGUCAAAUUGACCGAGACAGCACUGAGAGCCAUAGAGAGCCACCAAAAUUGUAUGAAUGUAUCUUCUUUGCGGCCAACAAUACAGUUCAAGGGACUCCAAGGGCGCAUCAAGAUCCCCAAGACUGAGUCCUCCCCUGACAACUUCCACAAUUUUGAUUUUUACCUGUCUAAUGUGGGCAAGGACAACCCUCAGGGAAGCUUUGAGUGCAUCCAUCAGUACAUGUCCAGCUCAGGGGCCUCACACCUGGCAUUGUUGGCAACCGUACAGGACAAGGUCACUGUAUGCGCCACUAAUGACUCUUACCAGGUGACCCGGGACCGCAUGGCCCAGGCGGUGGAAGACACUCGUGAACGUGGGACCAAAGUCAUCAAGCCUGGAGGCCAGUACAGAGGAAAGCAGGUGCAUAUCCGUAAGCCGGCACUAUCAGCCCCUGAUGUGGUCCCGGAGCGCAAACGCUCCACACCCAUCAACCCAGCCAACACUAUUCGUAAGUGCCUUUCCAAUAACCCCGUGUCCCAGCGGCCUUUCCGGGACCGCAUCAUCCACCUGCUGGCGCUGAGGUCUUACAAGAAGCUGGAAGUACUCGCCCGUUUGCAGCGGGACGGUAUCAACCAAAAGGAUCGGAACUCAUUGGGGACCACCCUGCAACAGGUGGCAAACUUGAACCCCAAAGACAACACAUACUCAUUGAAGGACUUUAUAUUUCGUGAUGUCCAGCGAGACUGGCCUGGGUACUCUGAGGAUGAGAAGACCCAGAUUGACAGGAUCCUGGCUCGCAAAUUAGGUCUUCCUACUGAGACCCCUUUGUCAAGCAGUUCUCCCAAAGACAAUGCCCCCACAUCCCCUCAGAAGCGGCCUCCAGACUUGGACUUCUUUGACCCUUUGGCGCCCAAGAAAGCCCGCAUCUCCCACCUCAGUAAUCGAGGGCCAGCCGCAUCUUCUUCCUCAUCCUCCACUGAGCGCCGGGAGGACGAGGGCAGCCCCAACUCUAAACGCUCGUCCCUUCCCUCCAACAUCACCUCAGGCCCUCCCACUCAUCUCCCCGUCUCGUCCCACCCUCCUGCCCCCUCUCACCAGCAGCCCAGCCCAGCCUCCCACUCCAACUCACCUAGCACCCCGGAGGGCUGUGGCACCCAGGACCUGCCCAUAGACCAGAGUUCCUCUUGCAGAGACCCUUCUCCCAGCCCUUUCCCCCCUGACAGGACCCUGCCGGACCGCUUCCGUCACCCUGUCCCUGUCCCCAGACCAGCCAUCUCCCCAAGCCCUCCUCCUCCUCCUCCUCCUCCUCCUCCUCUGUGCACGUCACUCACAGUUACCUCCACUGUCAUCAGCAGCCCUCCCUCGUCCAGCAGCACCAACAAGAAGUUUAAAAAGAAAUCCAAAAAGCACAAAGAGAAGGACCGGGAGAGGGAGAAAGGGAAACGGACUGAAAGAGACACCAGAAGUCCUCCAAGUGAAGAAACUCGUAAAGCAAAAAAGAGACGCAGUGCUGAGGAGGAGAGCAGAGAAGUUAUUGAAAAGAAUCCUCCAAAAGAUCAAGAUUCUUCAGUUAAAGAAAAGCCAGUCCAAUCCACUGAAUUCUCCUCCACAAAUGAGAUACCCGACUAUGUAGUGAAGUACAUGCCAUUGGUGUCCAUGGACCAGAGACAAAGCUUCAAGGACGACUUCAACGCAGAGUAUGAUGAGUACCGCCUGCUGCACGCCCGUGUGGAGAACAUCAACCGCCGCUUCACUCAGCUGGAUGCUCAGUGCAGGAAGCUGCCACCCGGCACAAAAGAAUACCAGAAGGUGCAAGAAGAAGUCCUUAAAGAGUACAAAAAGAUGAAACAACGCAGCCCCAACUACCACGGGGAUAAACAGCGCUGCGAGUACCUGCACAACAAGUUGGCCCACAUCAAGCGGCUAAUAGCUGAUUUUGACCAGCGCAGAGCCCAGGCCUGGUGCUGAGAGCACAGCACACAGUUUCAGUCACUGAUCAGUAUUGAGAGCAGAAUGUCGAACCGGGAAGGGGAGUUUAACUGGCUGUUAUUUAACUCCCCUUCAGUUACUGCCUCCCCCCACACACACCUCUCUUCCUUUUCCCCUCAUCCUACUUCAUUCCUUCCUUCUUUUCCGAUCUUUGAAUUCCACUGGCUUCAAUGUUGCCUAUAGUGAAAAUCUCACUUUGACUUCUUUACCCCCAUCUUUUGCUUUCUCGAUUUUGUUUUUUUUCCUUAUUUCUCAAGGAGCUCCUGUGGAAUUUUAUACCACUGGACCAGUGGGAGGAGCUUCCUGCAUGUGUGAAGGGGUUUGAGGAAAUACUUCGACUCUUCUUACCUUUUUGAAGGACUUUAUCUUCAGGCAAAAAAAAAGAACAAAAAAAUUAUUUUUGAGUAUCAGAGAAAAUAUUAACAUGUAUUUAAGUAAAAAAAAAAAAAGAGGGAGAACUAUUUAUUUUGGGACUCGUAGUGCAAAAGAAGAGUCCGCAGAUGAUAUAUUGUUUAACUUUUGAAAACAAUGCAAAAAAAUUACCGCGGGCCUUAUGUGUUUUGACUUUGUGAAGCCAUUUUGCACGCCAGAUCCAUUCUGUCAUCUCAUUUGGCGUUGAUGUCUCUCCUGCCUCAUUUCCUCUCUCUUCUUAAUAACUGUUCUGGAUGACCUUGCUGCAGCGUGUUGCUGUUGUUGCUGUUUGAAGAGGAAGGAAAUGAGACGGGCAGGAGAGAAAUCACAAUGAGCUGAUUGAGAAGCAACAACAGUAUGUGUGCAUGGAUUGUUAAUUUAGUUGUAAUGGCAAUAUGGGGUUGUGAGAGUGGGGUAACUGAAGAAGUACGAGCCCCUUGUCAAUAGGGGGCAGUAUUCCCUGCACCAUCAGUGUUUAGCGUUCACUGUGCAUUAUGGGUGCCUUAAGGUGUUUACACUUGAGAAACGUCGAGUUAGGCAGACCCUUUGGGUCCACAGGCAACACAAAGGAACUAAAACUGCCUGGAAACAGGUUGUGUGUGUAUGAAUGUAUGUGUGUGUGCUUGUGCAUGUUGGAGUGAUGGAGAAUAGAAAGGAUGUGGCGUCUGGAAGGAGUGUUACAAAUUGUGAGUGUGUGUUUGUAUGGUUGUGCAUUAUGUGGAGUGAGAGAUAAAAGAGAAAAAAAUAAUAGAAAUGUGGAGACAAAAGUGAUAAAUAUGAAAAACAAAAAAAAGCUGCUACAGUGUUUAACCAGCCGGAGCACUCAGGAUCAACCUGGCUGGAGUAACAGUACCUGAUCUUAAUAGAAGAGAUAUAGAAGCUCCUUAUUUUCUAAGACCCUGGAAAAGACUGUGGGACUGUGCCUGCUUCUUCAGCCUUAUCCAGUGGCAAUGAUUUAUGUUUUUGUUUUAGAAAGAAGCCAAAAAGUGUCAUCCACCAGAGGACAAAUUUGUAUUAAGAUGUCAAACAGAUUUGAUCCUCAGUUUGAGUUAUGCUGAACAGUGAAAUCUUUUUUUUUCAACAUUGAUACCAAUUUCAGUUCACUUGAUGGAUGAAUCGCUUCUUUAAAGUCUUUAUUUCAACAAGGGAAAAGUUGUUUACAAAUCUGUGUUGAAGUCUUUGCCAAAAUAAUUGAAAUACUUUUCUGGUACUGGAUCUACGGAGCAAAACGUUCUAAUUAGGGGCUUAAUUUAAGGAGACAUUGUUGAUGUACAGCAUGAGUCUCAGAAACUAAAACACUUUAAACACUUCAGGAUGAACCUUGGAACUGAUCAACCAAGCUCCUCAAAACAUCGACAAUGGAAAGGUGUUGACUCUAUACUUGCAUAGUGGUCAACCCCUCUUUAUAUUUAUAUGUGGCUAAUGAGGACAGAAAAGGUCUCCAGUUUUCCUCCAGAAAACAGAUUCAAGUAAACACUGGCCAGUUCUUAUUCCUACAGAUUUUGGUUUUGGCACUCUGACAAACAGUCAGUCUCUGCAGCAGACUGGCUGUUCUUUUCAGCUGUGAGAAUCAAUUAAGCAUAGUUACAAAUUCGGUUUAGCUUGCAUGUGAUGACUGGACAAAAAAAAAUCAGCACUUGUUUCUUUGACGCGUCACAAUAGCAGAUAAAAAAAAAAAGAAAAGUCGACAAGAGAUCAGGCUCUACUAAAGAUCUAUGUUUGAUAUGGCUGUGGGCUACAGGGUCAGUCUUUUGGUUUAUUUCUCCUGUUUUCCCUCGAUAUCGUCAUUCCCAAGAAUUCAAAGAUUCCCAGGAGCCAUUUCAAAAAUGUAUGUUGGUGCUGAUGCUACUUGUGCAGCCGUCAAGAUGUCAUCACAGCUUGUGUCCUCUUCUGUCUUUUAACAAAAAAACAACAGAAUAACUUAAACUGGGUCUGAUCAUCAAGAGUCCGCAUUAUGAGAGUCAUUGUGAUGAGAGAGAGAGAAGGGGGAGAGAUUUGAUCAAGAGUCUUAAUGAGGAAGUGACCAUUAAAUAUACCCUGGCAGUGUUUAGACAUGAGAAACCACUUCAAAUCAAGUGUGAAGUCUGAUCCUGCCCACGUGAAAAUGUACAAGACAUUUGAAUAAAAAUCAACAUAGUUUUACCUGGAGAA